CUUGAGGUCCCAAUUAAAGAAAUUCAGACAAAUGGUUAUUUGGCAUUGUGGAUCUUUCAUUAUGACAUUAUAUAUUAGAUCAUUUUAAUAUUGAUUAGUUAGGGAUUACCUCUUUUUUUACAACGUAUUAACAAAGUGAUGAUGAUGGCAAAUCUUCAAUUUUUUUGCUUGCUUGUUUGUUCUUUAGCCAUCAUCAAAACUGGAUGUGCAAAGGAUAAUUGGGUGGAGAAAACAAUCGUUAAGAAUGCAAUAUCAAAAGGAGCAGUAUGCUUGGAUGGAUCACCUCCAGCAUACCACUUUCAGUCAGGCUUUGGAGAAGGAGUUGAAAACUGGAUUGUACAACUUUCGGGAGGAGGAUGGUGCACAAAUGUCACAGAUUGCCUAGAUCGCACGAGGAGCAUUUAUGUGGGUUCUACAAAUAUAAUGGGGCCAUGGAAAUUUGAAGGACUUUUUAGCAUUAAUAAGAGUGAAAAUCCAGAUUUUUACAAUUGGAACAAAGUAAUUGUUAGAUACUGUGAUGGUGGAGCGUUCACCGGAGAUGUCGAAUACGUUGAUCCUGCUACUAAUCUUCACUUCAGAGGUGCAAGGAUUUUUGAAGCAGUAAUGGAUGAGUUGUUGGCAAAGGGAUUAAAGAAUGCCAAGAAUGCCUUGCUUUCUGGAACUUCUGCCGGAGGAUAUCCAACAAUGCUAUAUUGUGAUCAUUUCCGCAGUUUAAUGCCAAAAUCAAAGAGAGUCAAAUGCUUUGCUGAUGCUGGUCACUUUAUCCAUGCCAAGAACCCUAAGCAAGCAAGAGGCUUCGAGGAAGUUUAUAACGCACUUGUUACUUUACAGGGAUCUGCGAAAGCGUUACCCAAAGAAUGCACUUCAAAAAUGAACCCAGUAUUGUGCUUCUUCCCAGAAAAUAUUUUACAGCAUAUCAAGACACCAAUUUUCAUUGCCAUGUCAGCAUAUGAUUAUUUUCAGGUUAACAAAACCUUAGGACAUGAUAUAUUCAGUUGCAUUUUUAGCAGGACAUGCACUUCAAGUCAAAACAAAACCUUGAGAGAAUUUAGGUCGGAAUUCCUAACUACUCUGCCCAAACCACACAAUCCGAAAUUAAAAGGAGUUUUCAUUGACUCAUUUGUUCAUCAUUCUGCAAUACAAUGGAGGUGGACUAUUCAAAGCGGCCUUGUGGUUAAUAACGUGUCUGCACCAGAGGCAUUUGCUGACUGGUACUUUGACCGGAAGUACUGGUAUGUGAUAGAUAAGAAAGACUUACCAACGAUUCCAAAGUAAAAUGAAGGGAAUACCCAUCAGAUGGGUAAUAUUUAUAGUUAAAUACAAGAAAAAUAAUAUGCAAUGUUUAGAAUCCAUUUAUGUCAAAUUUUGUUGACAACUUUCUUAUAACUAUAACUAUGUAGAUUGUUGACAAUUGUAUUUGACAAAGGGGAUCACUUUGAAUGAAAUACUGUUAAAACUUUCUUGCUCCAA